GAAUUGGAUGGCAUUUUGGGGAAUCGGAAUCGGAUUCGAAUCGGAUAUCGUCGCUGCUGAUUGCUGAUUGCUGUCUGAUAUUGUCCGAUUGCGGGCGGACAACAAAUCCACACAUCAUCAAAUCAAAUAUACACAACAAACGGAGCCCGAGCCGUAGCCGUUGCCGUAGCCGUAGACGUAGCCGGCUGCAAGAUGCGAAUGAAUCGUCGCAAGUUGCUGGUCUGCUGGGCAGCCAUACAGGCGUGCAGCAGCAUUCUCACCUGCCUGCUGCUUUUGCUGACACAACAACAGGCAUUGGCCGGCAUUGUGCCGCCGCCAUGGAGUGAUCCGGCCAAGAAUCCAUGCGCCAGCAUGGCCGGCGGCUGGCAAUUACUUUACUGGACGCCACUAAAGAAAUGCUUUAAGAUCUUCACUCUGGGCUACCCUUGUCCGGAGACCAUGGAACUAAGUCCGACACCAGUGAGCGCUAAGCGUAAAGAUGUGCCAGCCGCCGAAUGCCGGUGUCCGCCAGGCACAGCGCUCAGUGCUGUGAGCAAUGCUUGCCACAAGCUGUACGAACGUGGUCCGUGUCCACGUGGCGAAUACUUUCAGCCCAUACCGGAUCAGGCCAAAAGAGCCGACAAUCGCUGGGGCAGCUGCAAGCGACCGCUGCAGUGCAGCGAUGGUAUGCUCUUCUGGCCAAACGAUGGCAAGUGUUAUCCGAAACACUCGAAGGGACCCUGCAACCGGGGCAAGUUGCUGGCACGCAACGAGGAUGAACUGGCCGAGUGCCGCUGCGAGGAUCGGGGCGAGCUGCGUCCCUACUACUAUGCGGCAGAGGAAUCGUGCUACGAGCACUACACAAUUGGACCCUGCUCAACGCCGGGUCACAUCUUUUUGCCGGGCGGACGCUGUGAUUGCCAGCGACAUCUGCCCCACUAUCAUGCACCACAUCAGAUGUGCUACGAGCUGGACACACCCGGUCCUUGUCCACCUGGCCAUGUUUUUCGCAUACCCGACGAUGUCGACGCGAGUCAGGAGCCAAACGCACUGAGCAACUUCUCGCCACGUGGCAAGUGCCUGUGCAAGGAGGGUUAUGUGCCCUGGAACGAUGGUCUCUGCUAUCGCCUCUACACACGCGGUCCCUGUGCGGCCAACGAGUUUCUUGUCAAUGGCACCACGUGUAUAAGUAACUUUUGUGGCAAGAAUCGAUUGUACUUUCCAGCUGAGGACUCGUGCUACAGAAUUGGAUCACAGGGACCGUGCUCGUUGCACCAAGUGGUGGUGUUUGACUUUACGGCCAGACCAUCGCUAGAUGGCAUCUCCUACAAUGGCAUGUGUGGCUGUGCGGGCGUCAUCACCAAUCUGGAUCAGCAGUGCUCGGCGAGCAGUGACCAGGAGAAGAGCAUUUGCGAGUCAACUCCCGGCAUGGUCGAGAUGAGUGGUCAGUGCCACAAACUGUAUACGCGAGGACCGUGCGGUGCUGGCCAGUGGCUGGAGCCGUUGAAGACGCAGCCAAACAAUGGCAGCACACCGCACGUCAGCUAUGCCAGCCGGGCGAAAUGUGUCUGCCGGCCGGGCUAUACGCCAGCCGAGACAGAUCACGGCGGAACGCACAAUUGCAGUGCACCCAGCGUGAGCCUGGCGAGGUAUUUAACCAUUGAGCGACUCAACGCGAGAUUCCUCGAUGACAAUCCACUUUCGUCCCCGGCAAUUGUGCUCCUCUAAUCUAUCCACUAAAUCGAACGGAAGCUACUACUAUGAUUUCAACAUAACACGUGUCUAACCCCCAUCCUCAGCGCUUGCUCUUCUUCUAUCUAUAUCCCCCUCAGUCUUUUUUGGGCCUGGAGAUGUGCAUGCUUUACGUUAUCGUCCUCGUUUUAGAUCUAUCGAUUUAAUCGUUUCGUUUCCUUUUAGGUGGUUCUUAGAUAUAUUUGGCUAACGUUCGCAGCCAACAAGUUGGCAUUUAACGACGCCAAGGUGGGAGAUUGUGCCAUGAAUGUAUUACACCAGCAAAUGUAGAAAUGUUUAAGUGAACUGUAGAUAAUAUGAAUAAAUGUGUGCGUGUUUUUUUUGUUUGUGUCAA